AGAAAAAGUGCUACUACUACUACUAUUACUAUUACACUUCCUUUUUUAUAAUUUUUUAGUUUGUAUUUUCUUUUUUCUUUGUGUGACAACUACUACUAAUAUUACUCUUUACUAUUAUGUAAUAAAUAAAUUAUACCUACUUAAAUAUAUUACUAAUAAGGAAAUAAUCUUAUAUAUAUAUUAUCGUUAAUACAUAUUUAUUUAGAUUCAUUAGUAAAAGAAAAAGAAGAGAAGAAGAAGCGAGAGUGAGUUGAGUAGGCGAGAAUUUGAGAAAGCGAAAAGCACAAAACCCAAAUGGUGUGAGCUGAGCUUGAGCUUGAGCUUGGGGUCUCUGUGUGUGUGGAGAAUACAAUGAAAUGAAAAAGAAGAGCUCGAGCUUUGGCGUGAGUGAGUGAGUGAGUGAGUGACUGUAUUUUGAGUUUCGACACCCAAAUCCAUCGCUGCUUUUCUUUGCUGUUAAUGGGCUCCGAGCAAAAUAGAUUUCCUCAGCACCAAGAAGCUGAACGGCGAAAGAGAUGGGGAGGAUGUUUGAGUGCCUUAUCUUGUUUUGGAACCCAAAAAGGUGGAAAACGAAUUGUACCGGCUUCUCGAAUUCCGGAGGGUAAUGGGUCAGCAACCCAACCCAAUGGUCACCCUCAUGGUCAUGGUCAUGGUCAUGGUCAUGGUCACCCACAUGGUCCCCAACCCAAUGGCCUACCUUCCCAACCCACUGCACUCUUAGCUCCACCUUCUUCCCCAGCCUCUUUCACCAACUCUGCUCUUCCUUCUACCGCUCAAUCCCCAACCAAUGGGUUCUUGUCGCUCUCUGCUAACUCUCCUGGUGGCCCUUCUUCCAGCAUGUACGCCACCGGUCCUUAUGCCCAUGAGACUCAACUAGUCUCCCCUCCUGUUUUCUCAACCUUCACUACUGAGCCAUCCACUGCUCCUCUCACACCCCCACCUGAGCUUGCUCACCUCACCACUCCAUCUUCCCCUGAUGUCCCUUUUGCCCAUUUCCUCUCCUCUACUGGUAGCGGCAACAAGACUAGCUACAUUGGGGCAAACGAUCUCCAAGCUACUUAUUCGCUUUACCCUGGAAGUCCUCCAACUCCUAGUAGUCUCAUAUCACCACAAAAUGGUAAAUGUGAACUGGACCAUGAGAAUGCAGGUGCGGGUGCGGGUGCAGCCUCAGCGGUGGCAUCCACUCAGGAUUCAAACUUUUUCUGCCCUGCUACGUUUGCUCAGUUCUAUCUGGAUAACCCGCCCUUCCCGAAUUCUGGUGGGAGGUUGAGUGUUUCAAAAGAUUCAGAUGUUCACAACUCCUCCUCGUCCGCUGCUGUGAAUGGAAAUCAGAAUCAGAACAGUAGGCAGAUGAAAAGCCCGAAGCAAGAUGCCGAGGAGAUUGAAGCUUAUAGAGCAUCGUUUGGAUUUAGUGCGGAUGAGAUCAUCACAACCCCUCAGUAUGUUGAGAUUUCUGAUGUCAUGGAAGACUCCUUUACCAUGAAACCCCCAGUGGAAGUGAGGCCAGAUCACAAAAGGGUACAAGGUGGUGGUGGUGAUAGUAAUAAAGCAGCAAGUGGAGGAGAGGCCAUGAUGAUAUCAGAUGAAGAAGAAGAGGAAGACAUAUUCUCAUCAUCAAAAAUGAGGAGAUAUCCAAUGGGAAUGUCAAGCUCAGAUGCAGAAAUUGAUUACAGAAGAGGCAGAAGCUUGAGAGAAAAAAGAUUUCAAAUGGCAUGACCAGACUUAUGACUUGGGGGGGUUGGACUUUGGACUUUUUGCGACCUUAUUAUUAAUUAGGACUUUAGCUAAAGCAAUCAAGCUAGCAAGCUAGCUUAAGAUCAUAUAUUUCACUUUUUGUGGAAUUUCCCAAUUUGUAGUAAUUUGCUCUCUUUUUCUCUUCUGUCAUUGGUUGAAUGAUCUAACCUAUGAUGAUCUCUCUCUCUCUCUCUCUCUCUCUCUCUCUCUCUCUCUCUCUCUCUCUCUCUCUCUCUCUCUCAGUUGUGUGACUUUGAGAAUGUAUUCUGAAUGCAACAUGUCCUGCUAUAAAUACAUAUAUGUUAUAUAUUUUGUCAAAA